AUGGCUUCUCUGCCACCACCUCCUCCCCCAGGCUGGCAAGGUGCCUCAGCUCCCGGCGCUCCUCUUCAACCUCCUCCGCCAGGCUACAGACCCCCAGCGGAUCCACAGCAAGCAAAAUUCGACCAGAAGAAGAAGGAAUGGCUGCGGAUACAGAAGAACCGAUUCGGAGAGAAGAGGAAAAAUGGUUUCGUUGAUACUCACAAGGCGGAUAUGCCGCCAGAGCAUCUUAGGAAGAUCGUUAGAGACAUUGGAGAUGUUAGUCAGAAGAAGUUCUCGGCAGAUAAAAGAGCUUAUCUUGGAGCGUUGAAGUUUAUGCCUCACGCGGUCUUGAAGCUCCUUGAGAAUAUGCCUAUGCCUUGGGAGAGUGCCAGGGAGGUUAAAGUGCUCUACCACGUCAAUGGAUGCUUAACACUUGUGAAUGAGAUUCCUCGUGUCAUUGAGCCCGUUUUCCACGCGCAAUGGGCGACAAUGUGGGUAUGCAUGCGACGAGAAAAGUCCGACAGAAGGCAUUUCAAGCGAAUGAGGUUCCCGCCGUUCGAUGAUGAAGAGCCACCAUUGUCAUGGAGCGAGAAUAUCGAAGAUGUGGAACCCCAGGAGCCCAUUCAGAUGGAGCUCGACGAGCACGAAGAUUCACCUGUGAUUGAGUGGUUCUAUGAUCACCGACCAUUAUUGGAUACUCCGCAUGUAAACGGGCCAUCCUAUAAAUCAUGGAAUUUGGAUCUUCCUCAGAUGGCGACACUGUACCGUCUUUCCCAUCAGCUACUAUCAGAUUUAGUGGACAAGAACUAUUUCUACAUGUUCGACAGAAAAUCAUUCUUUACAGCCAAAGCCCUCAAUGUCGCAAUUCCUGGAGGACCUCGGUUUGAACCUCUUUACAAGGAUAUCGACCCUAAUGAUGAAGACUUUGGCGAAUUCAACGCAAUCGACCGUAUCAUCUUCCGUUCUCCUAUUAGGACAGAAUACAGAGUUGCGUUCCCGUAUCUUUACAACUCCCUACCCCGAUCUGUACACCUAUCGUGGUACCACUACCCACAAGUCACCUAUGUACGGGCCGAGGAUCCCGACCUUCCAGCAUUCUACUUCGACCCUGUCAUCAACCCCAUUUCUUCCCGUAGUGUAGCGCCCAAGAAUCUUACUGUCUCACAUGAGGACGAAAUCUUUGGCUUCGGUAAUGAUGAAGACGACUUUGAGCUUCCGGAGGAGGUGGAGCCAUUUAUGUCGGAUGAGGACCUCUACACAGAUAACACGGCUUCAGCUAUUGCUCUCUGGUGGGCUCCUUACCCAUUCGAUCGCCGUAGUGGAAAAACUGUGCGUGCAGAAGAUGUGCCGCUAGUAAAACAGUGGUAUCUAGAGCAUUGUCCUCAGGGCCAACCGGUGAAAGUCCGAGUUUCUUACCAAAAGCUGUUGAAGACCUUUGUAUUGAAUGCCCUACAUACAAAGACCCCUAAAGCACAAAAUAAGCAGGAUUUGUUCAGGACCCUGAAGGGGACCAAGUUUUUUCAGACGACUACUAUUGAUUGGGUUGAGGCUGGUUUGCAGGUGUGCAGGCAGGGAUUCAAUAUGUUGAACCUGCUGAUUCACAGGAAGAAUUUGACUUAUCUGCAUUUAGAUUAUAAUUUUAACUUGAAGCCCGUUAAAACACUCACAACCAAGGAGCGAAAGAAGUCUCGUUUUGGAAAUGCUUUCCAUCUCAUGCGUGAGAUUUUGCGCUUAACAAAACUCAUCGUCGACGCGCAGGUGCAAUACCGUCUCGGUAACAUCGAUGCCUUCCAGCUCGCUGAUGGUAUUCUAUACGCCUUCAACCAUGUCGGUCAACUCACCGGUAUGUACAGAUACAAAUAUAAACUUAUGCACCAGAUUCGUGCAUGUAAAGAUCUCAAGCACCUGAUCUACUAUAGGUUUAAUUCUGGCCCCGUCGGAAAGGGUCCUGGAUGUGGUUUCUGGGCUCCCGCUUGGAGGGUGUGGCUGUUCUUCAUGCGUGGUAUCCUACCCUUGCUUGAAAGAUGGCUUGGGAAUCUCCUUGCAAGACAAUUCGAGGGACGUCACUCAAAGGGUGUGGCAAAGACUGUGACCAAGCAGAGGGUAGAAUCUCAUUUCGACUUGGAGCUUAGAGCGGCGGUCAUUCACGACAUUACCGAUAUGAUGCCUGCGGGUAUGAAGUCGAACAAGGUCAACACAGUCCUGCAGCAUCUUUCGGAGGCAUGGCGUUGUUGGAAGAGUAACAUUCCGUGGAAGGUUCCCGGACUACCGGCUCCCAUUGAGAAUGUCAUUUUGAGAUAUGUUAAGAGUAAGGCGGAUUGGUGGAUCUCUGUCGCGCACUACAACAGAGAGAGAAUUAGGCGUGGCGCUACCGUAGACAAGACUGUGGCAAAGAAGAAUCUUGGACGUUUGACGAGGUUGUGGCUCAAGGCUGAGCAGGAAAGACAACACAAUUAUAUGAAGGACGGGCCUUACGUUUCCUCUGAGGAGGCAGUGGCAAUCUAUACUGCGGCUGUUCAUUGGCUUGAGUCUAGAAAAUUCUCCCCAAUUCCUUUCCCUAGUGUUUCGUAUAAGCACGAUACAAAGAUUUUAAUUCUUGCCUUGGAACGUCUCAGAGAGGCGUACUCUGUCAAGGGCCGUCUUAACCAGUCUCAGCGAGAGGAGUUGGCCCUUAUUGAGCAGGCAUACGAUUCCCCCGGAACUACACUUACACGUAUCAAGACUGCGCUAUUGACCCGUCGUGCAUUCAAGGAAGUUGGAAUUGAUAUGAAUGACAAUUAUAGUAACAUCAACCCUGUAUACGAUGUUGAGCCUAUUGAGAAGAUCACAGAUGCAUACCUUGACGCAUAUCUCUGGUACCAAGCUGAUCAACGUCAUCUGUUCCCGGCAUGGAUCAAGCCCUCAGAUUCGGAGGUGCCACCAUUGCUCGUGUACAAGUGGGCACAGGGUAUCAACAAUCUUCACAAUGUGUGGGAAAGCGCCGAUGGCGAGUGCAACGUUCUCAUUGAGACACAACUGUCAAAGGUCUACGAGAAGAUUGAUAUCACUUUCCUCAAUCGUUUGCUCAGGUUGAUCAUGGACCACAACUUGGCGGAUUACAUCACGGCAAAGAACAACGUAGUACUCAACUACAAGGAUAUGAACCAUACCAAUAUGUACGGUCUCAUCCGUGGACUCCAGUUCUCAGCCUUUGUGUUCCAGUACUAUGGCAUGAUUCUCGACUUGUUGAUUUUGGGCUUGGAGAGAGCAAGUGAGAUCGCCGGACCCCCACAGAGGCCGAAUGAAUUUUUGCAAUUCCAGGACCUCAACACCGAGACCAAGCAUCCAAUCAGGCUGUACACUAGAUACAUUGAUCGCAUUUGGGUGUUCUUCCGCUUCACUGCGGAUGAAGCUAGAGAUCUCAUCCAGAGGUUUUUGACUGAGCAACCGGAUCCAAAUUUCGAGAAUGUAAUCGGAUACAGAAAUAAGAAGUGCUGGCCUAGAGAUUCAAGAAUGAGGUUGAUGCGACACGAUGUCAACCUUGGCCGUGCGGUGUUUUGGGAUUUGAAGAAUAGGCUUCCGAGGUCUGUUACGACCAUCGAGUGGGAUGAUACAUUUGCGAGUGUUUACAGUCGUGAUAACCCGAACUUGCUGUUCUCCAUGUGCGGCUUUGAAGUCAGAAUUCUUCCCAAGAUCCGCAACAACAAUGAGGAGUUCCCGGUCAAGGACAGUGUUUGGUCGCUCGUAGAUAACAACUCUAAGGAGCGCACUGCGCACGCCUUCUUGAGAGUUACUGAGGAGGAUAUUGCGAAGUUUAACAACAGGAUUCGUCAAAUUCUUAUGUCCUCUGGGUCCACUACCUUCACUAAGAUUGCCAAUAAGUGGAACUCUGCUCUCAUCGCGCUAUUCACCUACUACCGUGAGGCAGCAGUCCAGACCGAGCAGCUGUUGGACACAAUUGUCAAAUGUGAGACCAAGAUUCAAACUCGUGUUAAGAUUGGUCUAAACUCCAAGAUGCCUUCGCGUUUCCCGCCGGCCGUCUUUUACACCCCUAAGGAGUUGGGAGGAUUGGGUAUGAUUUCUGGAUCGCAUAUUCUCAUUCCUACGAGUGAUCGCCGAUGGUCGAAACAGACGGACACCGGAAUCACCCACUUUAGGAGUGGAAUGACCCAUGAUGAUGAUGUCUUGAUUCCCAAUAUCUUUAGAUACAUUCAACCAUGGGAGAGCGAGUUCAUUGAUUCCGCCAGAGUGUGGUCCGAAUACGCACAGAAGAGACAGGAGGCGAACCAACAGAAUAGGCGUCUUACUUUGGAGGAUCUGGAAGACAGUUGGGAUAGGGGUAUUCCUAGGAUCAACACCUUGUUCCAGAAGGACAGGAGUACCCUGGCGUUCGACAAGGGUUGGCGUGUCAGAACUGAGUUCAAGAUUUACUCUAUGAUGAAAUCAAAUCCUUUCUGGUGGACGUCUCAGCGCCACGAUGGUAAGCUGUGGAACUUGAAUGCAUACCGUACAGAUGUUAUCCAGGCCCUCGGAGGUGUUGAAACUAUUUUGGAGCACACAUUGUUCAAGGCGACUGCAUUCCCAUCUUGGGAAGGAUUGUUUUGGGAGAAGGCGUCCGGUUUUGAGGAGAGCAUGAAGUUCAAGAAGUUAACCAAUGCCCAGAGAUCUGGUUUGAACCAGAUUCCCAACCGUCGGUUUACGUUGUGGUGGAGUCCUACUAUCAACAGAGCAAACGUCUACAUUGGUUUCCAGGUUCAAUUGGAUUUAACGGGUAUCUUCCUACACGGAAAGAUUCCUACUUUGAAGAUUUCCUUGAUCCAGAUUUUCCGAGCUCAUUUGUGGCAGAAGAUCCAUGAGUCUAUCUCUAUGGAUCUGUGUCAAGUCUUCGAUCAGGAGAUGGAGGCGUUGGGUAUUGAGACGGUGCAGAAGGAGACUAUCCAUCCCAGGAAGUCCUAUAAGAUGAACAGUUCUUGCGCCGAUAUCCUUCUCUUCGCCGCGUACAAGUGGAACGUGACCCGUCCUAGUUUGCUUCACGAUACCAAGGAUGUCAUCGAGCAAAACGCGACCAACAAGUUCUGGAUUGAUAUCCAGUUGAGAUACGGAGAUUACGAUUCCCACGAUGUGAGCAGAUAUGUACGUGCCAAGUUUUUGGAUUACACCACCGACUCGCUCUCAAUCUACCCUUCGCCCACCGGUGUUAUGAUCGCGAUUGAUCUGGCCUACAACUUGUACGAUGCAUAUGGUCAAUGGUUCCCUGGUCUCAAGCAGCUCAUACAGCAGGCUAUGGCAAAGAUCAUGAAGGCGAACCCUGCUCUGUACGUUUUGCGUGAACGCAUCCGAAAGGGUCUCCAGUUGUACGCCUCUGAGAGUAACCAGGAGUUCCUGAACUCCCAGAACUACUCUGAGUUGUUCAGCAACCAGAUCCAGUUGUUUAUUGACGAUACAAACACCUACCGUGUCACCGUCCACAAGACAUUCGAGGGUAACUUGACUACCAAGCCCAUCAACGGUGCCAUCUUUAUUCUCAACCCCAGAUCUGGGCAAUUGUUCUUGAAGAUUAUUCAUACCUCUGUCUGGGCUGGUCAGAAGCGUCUUGGACAGUUGGCGAAAUGGAAGACUGCUGAGGAAGUAGCGGCGCUUAUCCGUUCACUCCCUGUUGAAGAGCAACCGAAGCAGCUCAUUGUUACAAGAAAGGGUCUUCUGGAUCCUUUGGAGGUGCAUUUGCUUGAUUUCCCCAAUAUUUCUAUCAGAGCCUCCGAGCUGCAGUUGCCUUUCCAGGCGGCUAUGAAGAUUGAGAAGUUGGGUGAUAUGAUUCUUCGCGCGACGGAGCCCCAGAUGGUAUUGUUCAAUCUGUACGAUGAUUGGACAAAGACCGUCUCUUCGUACACUGCCUUCUCUCGUCUCAUCCUUAUUCUUAGGGCAUUGCACGUCAACCAGGACAAGACCAAGUUGAUCCUGAGACCAGACAAGAAUGUCAUCACUCAGGAGCAUCACAUCUGGCCCACCCUCUCGGAUGAAGACUGGAUUAAGGUUGAAACAUCCCUCAGAGACCUGAUCCUGAACGACUAUGGUAAAAAGAACAACGUCAACGUGUCUAGUUUGACCUCCAGCGAAGUCCGAGAUAUCAUUCUUGGUAUGGAGAUCUCUGCACCGUCCAUGCAACGCCAACAGGCUGCCGAGAUUGAGAAGCAGCAACAGGAGCAGGCACAGCUCACUGCUGUCACCACACGGACUCAGAACGUCCACGGUGAUGAGAUGAUUGUUACUACAACCUCCAACUACGAGCAGCAAGCAUUCGCCUCUAAGACCGAAUGGAGGAGUCGAGCCAUCGCCGCAAGCAACCUGAGGACUAGGUCAAACAACAUAUUUAUCUCGUCUGAUGAUAUCCCUGACAACGGCCAAUACACGUACAUCAUGCCCAAGAAUAUCCUUAAGAGGUUCAUCAUGAUCUCGGACCUCCGCAUGCAGGUCGCCGGGUAUCUAUAUGGCUCCUCACCCCCCGACAACGAUCAAGUCAAGGAGAUUCGCUGUAUUGCCAUGAUCCCGCAGAUUGGCUCUCUGAACACCGUCCAGUUGCCCCAUCUCCUCCCGCAACAUGAUUACCUCACCAAAGAGAACGGCCUUGAGCCCCUUGGUUGGAUCCACACAUGGGCACAGCCCAACGAGACCCCCUACCUGAACGCGUUCGACACCACUCAGCACGCGCGGCUCAUGUCGGCGCACAAGGAAUGGGACAAGAAGACCAUCACCAUGACCGUCGCCUUCAAGGCUGGAUCCGUCUCCCUUGCGGCCUACGGGCUCACCCCCGCCGGAUACGAAUGGGGUGCGCAGAACAAGGAUCUGGGCAACGACAUGCCCCCGGGCUUCCAGACAAACAUGGGCGAGAAGUGCCAGCUGCUGCUGUCGGACAAGAUCAUGGGCUUCUUCCUGGUGCCCGAGAGCGGCGUGUGGAAUUACAGCUUUUUGGGGGCCAGCUUCAGCUCCGAGGCGGAGAAGAGGCAGUAUCAUGUCAAGAUUGAUACGCCGGGUGGCUACUAUGCCGAUAUCCAUAGGCCGCUGCAUUUCCAGAAUUUUGCGGAGUUGGAGGACAUUUGGGUUGAUCGGAGUGAUAAUUUUGAAUAG